UCCAUUCUUUUUCAGCGUAGAGAUUCCAUAAACUGAAGAUUCUGAUGGAAUAAACGCUUUCUCUGCUAUCAUGGACGACCUUGAAAGUGUAUCUGACAGCGAAAUUGAAUUAAAUAGAGACGUCUUUGAGACUACUACAGUCAUUUCAAUUCCCCGCCGAGGCUUAAAAUGUAGACGAUCAUCGGUUGGUUGGUUCAGCUCGAGCGAUUCAGCCAAUCAGAACGCUCCUACUACACCGCUAAAGAUUAUUGAAUUGUUGAGAGCUCCUAGCGUUAAGACAUACGCUACUAUCAAGAAAAAGUUUGAUAAGGCUAAAAACCAACCAGGCUGGAUUUCGGAUUUUCUUCAAAAAGAUGGGUUGGAUUUAUUGUUUGAAAGUUUGGAGCAGCUAUGUAAACAUCAACCCGAUAAUUUUUUAAAUGAGAUAUUACAAGAAUCGUGUGCUGAGUGCGUUAAAACAGUUAUGGAUUCUUCGCUAAGUUUGGAUUAUAUUAUAGAAAAUAAGGAAUUUACCACCAAAUUAGCGUCUGCACUCUCCACGGAUAAUGUAACGGUAAAACAGCAAGUGAUCGAGCUUCUUUCUGCCCUCUGUGUUUACUCAAAAGAUGGCUACUCGAGGGCUUUGGACGCCCUCGAACAUCAUAAGACUGCGAAGAAGCAGAAGUACCGGUUUAGUUUCCUAGUUGAUGAGCUGAGACGGACAGAGAGUCCAUCAUCAUACAAGAACAUUCUAUUAGAGUUCAUCAACUGUAUUAUCAUAUAUACAGACAAAAUCAACGAGAGAAUUCGGAUCAGAAACGAGUUUUAUGGUUUGAAGUUGCAGGAAGUUUUGAACUUAUUAAGACCUCUUGGUGAAAAAGAUUCGAACCUUCAGGUACAAUUUGACUUGUUCGACGAGCACAAGGACAAUGAUGAUGAACAACUUCCGGGGGCCAAAGGCAUAGACCUGAACAGUCCCCUUGAUGUAUUUCAUACCAUUUAUAAACAGGUUGAAAACACGCCUCAGGAGAUUCACUUUCUGACAGUUCUUCAACAUUUAUUGAAAAUAGAUCCCAGUGAAAAGACAGCUGAUGUUAUAUGGGAUACUGUAGAAAAUUUAACCAGUAAAGCAACUGUUAUAGAAAGUGUUGAAGAUUCAAAGAAGUUACUACAGUCUUUCUCUAAGAAACUUGACAAUAAGUGUACUUGUUCGUGCCACACGGAAGUUGAUAGACAUAGAUUAACUUCCCCGAGAAGAUCUAUCCCCGGUGUUCAAGAUGGCGGCGAGCAAGCUCCACAAAUGACGUCACCUCCGGUUGGAGGACCUCCUCCCCCAGCGCCGCCACCGCCACCUGGUGGCGGCGCUCCUCCCCCUCCCCCACCCCCACCGCCUGGGAUUGGAGGUCCUCCAGCUCCACCACCUCCCCCAGGGGCAGGAAUUCCACCUCCCCCACCAACAGGCGGUGGGUUUUUAAGUAAACCACAGAAGAAAUUACCACAACAAAAUAUACCAAAGUCCAAGUAUAAAAUGAGAACUUUACAGUGGCAAAAAAUUCCAGUAAAUAAAGUCAUGGGUAAAAAUAACAUUUGGACCAUGACUGGACAAAUGUUCAAUGGAUAUGUAUCAAAAAUGGACUACGAACAAAUUGAAGACUUGUUUGGUGUAAAUAAAGUGAAAAAAGAUAACCAAGAUGUCACCGACGGUUCAAAUAACAUUGAAAAGAAACGAAAAGAAAACGCUGAGGUAAACUUGCUGGAUGGUAAACGGAGUUUGAAUGUGAACAUCUUCUUGAAACAGUUUCGUAUGCCAAAUGAGGACAUUGUACAACUGUUGCAGCUAGGACAAAGUGAUAAAUUCGGUGCUGAAAAACUCAAAAGUCUCCAAAAGAUAUUACCUUCACAGGAAGAGGUGGACUUGUUUCGAAGUUUCGAUGGUGACCGAGCCAAGCUGGGAAGUGCAGAAAAAUUCUUCAUGUGCCUUAUGGGUCUGCCUAAUUAUCGUCUGCGAGUGGAGGGUCUACUCAUUAAAGAAGAAUUCAAUGCCAACAUUGAGUAUAUAAGACCUUCAAUUGAUUCCGUUAUAGAAGCCGCCAAAGACGUGAAAGAAAACAAGAAUUUACAUGAGUUGUUGUACCUCGUCUUGUUAGCCGGAAACUUCUUGAACGCUGGAAACUAUGCCGGUGACGCUGCGGGUUUCAAACUUUCAUCUCUGCUGAAACUUACUGAAAUUAGAGCCAAUAAACCGCGGAUGAAUCUGAUGCAUUAUGUUGUUAUGCAAGCCGAAGAAAAGAAUCCGGCACUCCUUAAGUUCCCGGAUGAAAUGAAAUUUCUUAAAGAAGCAUCUCAGGCGUCUGUUGACGGUUUAACUUCUGAUAUCAAAUCUCUAGAUGAGAAACUGGAAAGGAUCAACACGAAUAUUGACUCAGUAGGUUCAGACUUCAAACGACAAAUGGAGGGAUUCUUAAAGACGGCGAGGACAGAGAUGUAUAAUCUAAAAGAAGACUUGAAAGACAUGGAAAGUCUCCGUCUAGAGCUGUCAGACUUCUUCUGUGAGGAGGAUAAGACGUUCAAACUUGAGGAAUGCUUCAGGACACUGCAGACCUUCUGUGAUAGAUUUAAUAAAGCCAUACUGGAAAACGGACAAAGAAAGGCUUAUGAAGCAAAAAUGGAAGCAAAACGAUUGCAGAAGGAAGCGGAAUUGCAAAAGAAAAAUGAAGCAGAUGCAGUUGAAACACCGGAAGAUCCAGAAGGCAAAGGUUCAAUUGUUGAAAUGCUUCUUGCUGAUGUUAGAAGUGGAUUCAAGAAGUUUGGAGAAACAAAUUUCUCUGUAACGAAAGUCCAGAAAAUCAGUCUAGAAAAUUCAGGUGGUCCUUUAUCGCCGAGAGAUGAUGUCAGUCCUGGAUUUGUACGAGGAGGAACCGGUCGUAGAAGCAUUAGAGGAAAAUCAUCAAAGAAAACUGAAGCUGAAUCCGGAGAUAAUGAUUCUAAACUGAAUGGAAAUAUUGAUGAACUUAACCAGACUGGGUCAAGGCGUAGUUAUGCUGUUGACACAGAUGGCACGUUGUUUGACAUUUUAAUGCAGCCUGAAAAUGAGGCUGGCAUAUCAUCCCCAGCAACUGAUGGAAGUUUUGUGAGAACUCAGAGCUUGCGACGAAGAAGUCAAAAUAGACGGAUGCAGCGUGAAGGUCUUGGUAAUGAUUUAUUCGGUCGUGAAAGGGCUCCGUCACCUAAUAUAGAAGCACAAAAGAAGGAAGUUAUUGAAAUUAAAGAAAGACCAAAGUCGGACAUUCUUGAUGAUAAUUUCGACUAUAGAAAAGGUUCUAAUGUGAGAAGAACUAGAAGUAUGUACGAUAGUACUACGUCAUCAACUUCUGAUAGUACACCAAAGCGAAUGUAUGAUCCGAAUAAUAAUAAAAGUGAAGAUAAUCUUUCAAUUGACAGAAAACAAUCUCAGUUUAAAUCUGACGAUCCGGCCCGUCGGUCAUCGCGUUGGAGAACUGAAGUAACUGAUAAAGGACUUCCCAUUAUUGAUGAGAAAGCUCGUUUAGUUACUCCAACAAAAGAACUGGAUGUUGUGUCUCGAUUUGAAACGAAAAAUGUUGAAGACAUUCAAAUAACUAAGGACGAUAGUUUCGCUUUAGUUGAGAAGAAACAUAAAGAAAAAUUAGCUAGGAGAUUUAGUUCUAGCUCUUUAAAUCAUAGUCAAAUUCAGCGCGUGUUAGAAACAGCAGAAGAUGUGAAAAAUAAAACAGAUGAACAUUCAGUGGCAGUUUCUGUACGGUCAAAAAUAAAUAAAAGGUGGCGUAGUGACUUAGGUAAAUCUGAUAUAGACAAAGUUUUAAAAGCAAUUGAAGAAACCGGCAAACAAAUAGAUGAAAUGGUUAAAAGUGAUCCAGUGGAUCAGAGUACAAUAGAAACAGUAACCGCAACUGUUAAUCCAAAAUCUGAAAUUGAUAAUACAGUUUUACCACAGGGUGAUCCAAAUGAACCAGAACAUUUAAAGGUAAAACGUAACAAAAGAAAACAGAGGUCUAAUCUAUCAUUGGACGAUAUUCAUGCAGCUUUCCAAAAAAUAGAUAAAGCGGACAUACCUGAAAGUAACACUGAAAAUAAUAGUAAAGAUGCUAAACCGGUAGAAAACAAUGUAACUACACCAAAAUCACCAAUUGUACCGCCUCGCCGAAAUAGGAAAAGUAAUGAAAAUUCUGUUGAAAAGACUGAUCAUGACAAGAAAAGUGAAACUGAGAAAGAGGCUAUGAGUAAAGCCGCUAAGCUUGCUGGAAAGAAACGGUUUCGUGAUCAGAGAUUCGGGGACAAAGACAGUCCAUCUCAGAAAGCUAUGUUAGAACAUUCUCAAGGGCGAUGGAAAAGUAAUGUGGAGAAAGAAAACAUUGAUGAAGCUUUUAGAGAUUAUGUUAGUAAAAGCAUGAGUCGGUCCAAAUCUUAUGAUGAAGCUGUUGCUAGAAAAGCAAUGAGUGAUGAAGAUUUUAACAUGUCAACUGGCGAGAAACGAAACUCUUUAAGAAAUAGUGCUGUGAAUAUGUUUACAGAUGGUCGGAGAAAUGGUCGUGUCUUCGUAGAUGAAGAUAGCGAUGCCGACACAGCAACAGUAGGUACUUCUUCGCCAAGGCGACCGUCAAGCACGUCGAGUACAAGAAGUGAUAGUCCGAGAAAUUCAAGUAGUAGGUUAUCAAUCAAAUCUACUAAUACGUCGACAGAAACAUUGCGGGAAGCAUGUAGUGAUGGUGAAAAUUCACCGGCACAGUCACGGAGAGAAUCGGCCGUUCGGAAUAUUUCAGAUAAAGUCCGCGAUUCUCAAACACCUUCACCUUCAUUUGUUAAUAAAAUGCCUGAUGGGAAAGAUAGGCCAAUGACUCCUUCCUCACUUCUUCCAGCAAAUGUUGAUGAGAAUUCUUUACAUAAUUUCGAAGCGAGAGUACCUUUCGAUGAACAUGACGAUCUUCCACAAGCAGCUAUGUUGAAAUGGAGGAAGAAACGGGACGAAAAACGAAGACAAAGUUUUUAUGAUAACGUCCACGGUAUAGAGUCUGGUAACCUCUCGCCGAGAGCAUAUCAUGUGGAUGGUAUGAAGGGAGAGAUGUCAAACAGCCCACGUUCAGAGGGGUUGCAAAUAAUUCAUAAACCUCAGGGAAGUAACGAACUUCAGAAUGAAAUAGGUUCACGAUGCAGCUAUGCCAGCAGCUCUGACAGCGCCAGUCGAGACGAGGGAUUCGAGACUAUGUCAGGUACCGUUUCUCAAAGAACAUCACUAAGCAGUACGCUAGAAUCAGAGUUCCAAGUACCAAGCUUUAGUAAAAAGUCUGAGCCUAUGAGUAAAUUGCAAAUUAAUGAAAAUAUAAUUGCAGCAGGUGCCCGUACUUCUGUUAUUGACACUAAGAAAGAAAGAACCGAAUCAUGGACCGAAGCCGUUGCAAACAAUGUAGGAAAUAUACACAAAGAUUCAACUCUUGAUUCUUCUGUAGAGUUUAAUGCAACGUCUCCAGAUAGCGGUCAUGGUACACUUAAGGAAGAUUCAUGGGCAGAACAGUCUGACCUAGAAUCAACAAUCAAAAGUCCUGACUCUCGACCAAUGUCUCCAGCAUCGUCUAUGGGUAUGCCAAAGAAGGAGAAGAAAGUCCCAAGCUAUAUGCGUGGAACGGCUAGUAGUUCAAAACGGUUGAGUAAAGAUACCCCAGAACAAGAAGAUAAACGUCGCAAUAACUCGAGUAGCAGCACACCUGUCUCAAGGUCAAAUCGUCUCUCAAAAGGUUCAAGUAAUCAGAGUCUAAGUAAAGCCAGAACUGGUUCGAAUACAAGCAUUGCCUCAGUAACUAGCAAUGCAUCUAAUUCAGGUUCUUCACAAGUUGUGAAAAAGAGAGUAUCUCAAGGCGGUCCUCGUGAAAGACCAUCAUCUAUUCAUUCGUCUAUGCCAGGAUCAAGAUCCACAACACCUUUAUCACAUACAAUUAGGGCUCAAACUCCGACUCACAGAGUUGCAUCAAAACCUGCUGCCCAUGCUUCAUCUACAAUCGGUGCAAGAAACCCUACGAGAUCAUCAAGUGCCACGAAUGUUCGAUCUCCAGUAAAAUCUUCCACUACUACACCAAAAACGUUAAAAUCUAAGCCAGCCCCAACGCCUCCGAGUACUGGACGCUCAAAAACACCAACUCCCACAACACCAAGUAGGUCUACAUCUUCCACACCAAGUAGGUUGCGUUCAACAACCCCAGUCAGUCAUCAUACAACACCUACUCAUUUGCGGUCCACGACACCUUCAAUCGAAGAGGAAGGCGAAAUUGAUCCAAAUGCACCUUCCAGACUCAAACGAUCGCAGUCCAUGCGUGUAAAAUCUACGGAGCCUAGGCCUUCGUUUGGUCAUAGCAUCCAAAGCAAAGAGGCGCCAGCAAAGGCCACAACACCACGAAGAUCAUUCAUGAGUCCUACUGCUUCGUCUAAAGCUCGAAUAGACAAACUUAAAGAAGAAGAUGAUGGUUCACCGCCACCAACGCCUCCUCCAAGAAGAUCUAAGGACACAGAUUCUCUUCCGGGCAAAACUGCUGGUACAGCAGUGUCACCGCUGAAACGUGCUGCAAGUCUUAGAUUACCUGGGCGGAACGCAAAUAAAACAGGAAAGGAUCAAGAGAAAACUCACGAUAAUAAAAUCAAAGGUUUUAUCUCCAAAAUAGGGGGUAGUGGGAGCAAAGUUAGGCCAGAAUCAGACGCAAGUGGUAAAUUAGCACCAGUUGAAGAAUCUUCUGAAGGAUCAGAGGAACAAACUAACUCAAAAGAAGGAGGAAAGUCUCCCUCAUUGAGAAAAAUACUUGGACUUAAAGCUAAAGAUAAAACUGUACGGAAAUCCACAGAUUCGCUCAAAGGAGACUCUCCUGAUAAAAAAAGAAAGCCAAGUAAAUGACAUUAAAAUGUAAUUAAUUUAAAUGGUGCAAUACACUAGAAACGCGUAGAAGCAUUUCGUUGGAACACAUGAAGAAUGUGUGUUUUCAAACAUUGAAAGUAGAAAGUGUCAAAUCAUUGACAAAAGUAAUUGUUGUAAAAGAAUCAGAGAAAAUACUUCAGAGUCUGAUGUGUUUUCGCGAGCUCAAUUAAGUCAAAGCUUCUGCGUUUUAAAAUGAAGUGACAAACAGGUCACUGGAAGAAUGUACAGCAGGUCACUAAUACACUUGGUGACCACUGGCCAGACUGGAGAGGAGAGAAUUUGUGACUAAAUAUUAGGAACUUGCGAGUCUAUGAGUAGAAGUGCAAAAUACCCAGUUCUCACACUGGAAAAUUCGAACUAUUUAGUAACAAUAAGGUUGGAGAUGCGAGUAACCCUGUGAUUGAAACCAAAGUAGUGUUGUGAAUGCCUGAUAGACAAUUGAAUUGAGUGAUUUAAGUAUUCUGUGAUACUGUUAGUUAUGUUAAGACAAGACCACUGUGUGGCCUAUAACUUCAAAACAAGUGCCAGAUAUAUGGGAUAUAUGUCCCUUUAAUUUUAGCGGCUAGUUAUAACUUUUCAGGAGUAGAAUAUUGCUUCAAACCGACUUCAUCCAUAAAUCAUUGGAUCUGGUAGUUAAUUAGUUAUCAGUAAAAGUACAUUUACAAAUUAGAUGCUAGUAUAUGACAAUGGUGUUUCAAAACUAACGGGGGAUUUUUUAAAAAAUAGAUUAAAAACAAAGCAUCGAAUCGAUGUUAAUCUAAUCUCCACUUAUGUAUUUAAUGAAAUUUCAUUUGUUCGGAUACAUUUUAGACAUAUCAUAUAUGGGGUAAUUUAAACGUUGGAUCUCCUUUGCCGCUAUAUAUUAACAUGUUUAACACUGUGAAGAUAUAGUGAUGUAGAAAAAUGUUUUUUUAUAUAAAAAUGUACAUGAUAUAGAUAAAAACAAGUAACUUAGAACUUACAUUUUAUAUUUACAUAUGCACAUUAAUAUUCAUGUAUAUUUGUUUAACUGAAUCUAACGUGGUUUUAAAUUAUAUAUAAUCUAUAUAUAUUAAAUAUACGUUGGACUAGUCGGUUUACGUAUAUGUUAUUGUUAUGUUUUGUCGAUAUUUUUCUUGUACACAGUAUAUGGUACAACUGAGCACAUUUGAGAAGAGUCGUGUGAGAGUAAUUGGUACCUGGCAUAAUUGUGUAUACUGUAUAUAUAUACCCAGAUGGUACCAUGUUUUUCGAAGAUCGGGAAUUAGCAUAAUUUUAUUUGUUUACGUAAUGUACAGUACAAUAUAAAUUGAUAAUACAUGCAUCCAAUUUAGCCAUAUUUUGUACAGAUACAUUGUAGAUGUUUUGUAAAAAAAAGCUUAGAUAGUAUUUAUACGGCUAUUUCUAUACUUUGUAUACAAAUUAUAAUUUUGUAAUGAUAUUAACAGAUUUAUAUUCGUUCACACUUGUAAUGUAUUUUGAUAAAAAGUCAUUAUCUUUAACUUACAUGUUUUUCUUUAUCAUUUUUGACAUAUCUGCUUCAUGACUUCUGUUAUUUUGUCGUUAAACACAAAUAAACAUUAAACCAUCUUA